AUGCCAGGCCAGCCCUGCCUGAACACCAGACCCUUAACACUAGGAGCAGUGCCAUCCCCACCCUGGGCUGAGGGCACUGGCAGAGGGGCAAGCUGUCACCCACACUCUCUCCCCAUAGAUCCGUGCCCCCCCAUGGCUGGGCCAAACCAGACGGUGGUGACCGACUUCCUCCUGGUGGGCUUCCCCUCCUGCCGAGCCCUAAGUCUGCUCCUCUUCUUGCUGGCACUGCCCAUCGUCCUGCUGGGCCUGGCGGGGAACCUGGGCCUGGUGGUUCUGAUCCGGGCCGAGCGCUCCCUCCACACCCCCAUGUACUACUUUCUCAGCCACUUGGCCCUGCUGGACCUCUGCUCCUGCUGCGCCGUGGGCCCCGUCAUGCUGUGGGGCCUGCUGGCCAGCUGGGCCGCCCUCCCCGGCCCGGUCUGUGCCCUCCAGAUGUUUCUCUUCACCACCGCGGGGGACGCGGAGUGCUGCCUGCUGGCCGCCAUGGCCUGCGACCGCUAUGCUGCCAUCUGCCGCCCGCUGCACUACCAGGCCGCCGUGUCGCCCCGCCUCUGCCGCGGGCUGGUGCUGGGCUCCUACGCGGCCGGGGCAGCCAGUGCGGCCGUGCACUCCAGCCUGGCCUUCCACCUUCCCUUCUGCCGCAGCCACACCCUCGACCACUUCUUCUGCAUCAUCCCAUCCGUGCUGGAGCUGGCCUGCGCCGACACCAGCCUCAACCAGGCCCUGCUGCUGGCCAUCUGCGGCGCCAUCCAGAGCGUCACCCUGCUGGCCAUCCUGGCCACCUACGGUCUCAUCCUCGGGGCCGUGGGACGGGCGGGCUUGUGCCGGGCUGCCUCCACCUGUGGCUCCCACGUGGCAGCUGUGGCCGUGCUCUACGGGACCCUCAUCUUCAUGUACCUGCGGCCCGAAGGCAGCUACGCUGCACAGGCUGACAAGAUGGCUGCUGCCUUCUACACCGUGGUCAUCCCCACCCUCAACCCCGCCAUCUACAGCCUGCGCAAUGCCGACGUCAAGGGGGCCCUGGCGAGGCGACUCAUGGGUGGGCGCCGCAUCUGGGGGGGCUGA